CCUGAACAUCUUGUUGACGAACUUUUCGCAUGGCACACCCCGCAUGCAUCCUACUUGUGUAUAUAUGUCACUUGGGAAAGUACAGAUUACUAAACCAAAUUGUUGAAGUCACAAUGGACCAACAAUCUUUACUUCUCUCUUCAUGUUCUUUCUUCUUUGUCUUAGUUUUCCUCUAUACCAGGUUCUCAACCAGCAAAACACCUCUAAAAAACCCGCCACCUUCUCCUCCAAAGCUACCUAUAAUUGGAAACCUUCAUCAGAUCAACCAAGACCCGCACCUAGCACUGAGAUCUCUGGCUCAAAAAUAUGGUCCUGUCAUGCAACUCCACUUCGGAAGUGUUCCUGUUCUUGUUGUGUCCUCAGCUGAUGCAGCUAAGGAGAUCAUGAAGACCCAUGAUCUUGCUUUCGCGAACAGGCCUGACUCGACUAUCUGGAGCAGAAUCUUCUAUAAUGGCAAGGACGUGUCCUUUGCUCCGUAUAGUGAAUACUGGAGACAGGUGAAAAUGAUUUGUGUCACUCAGCUGCUGAGUAACAAAAGAGUGCGUUCAUUUCACAAUGUUAGGGAACAAGAAGUGGCCCUUUUAGUCCAAAAUAUUAAAGAUUCGAGAUCAAAAAUAAUUAAUUUGAGUGAGUUGUUUUCGACACAUCUAGGCAAUGUGGUGUCUAGGGUGGUCUUGGGAAGAAAAUAUGCUAUGACUACUAAAGAUGGUGUAGAAAAUUCAUUUCGGGAACUGUUUCAGAAUAUUGCUCAGUUGAUAGGCUAUUUCAGCUUUGGUGAUUAUAUUCCAUGGCUAUUCUGGGUCGAUUCUCUAACCGGGUUGAAGGGAAGGAUUGAGAAGGCAUUCUUCGAGGCUGAUGCGUUUCUUGAAGGUGUUGUCAGAGAUCACAGUGUUGCAUUGGAUAACGGGGCUUCAAGUGAUGACCUAUUGUACAAUUUGCUAGAGAUUCAGAAACAGGACAGCAAUCCUGAUUUUUCUAUCGAUAACGAGUCCAUUAAAGGACUAAUCUUGAAUAUGUUCUUUGAUGGAACUGAUUCGACGUCUAUAGUAUUAGAGUGGACUAUGGCAGCACUCUUACAAAAUCCAAACGUCAUGUGUAAAUUGCAAAAUGAAGUGAGGGAGAUAGGAAGGGGAAAAGCAACAAUAUCUGAGGAUGAUUUGGAGAAAAUGCACUACUUGAAAGCAGUGAUCAAGGAGAGUACACGGAUUUAUACUCCACUUCCGCUACUAGUUGCUAGACAAGCAAUGCAAGAUGCAAAGGUUAUGGGAUACGACAUUAAAGUCGGGACACAAGUACUGAUUAAUGCUUGGGCAAUCGCAAAAGACCCUGCUGUGUGGGAUAAGCCAGAGGAAUUCAUCCCUGAGAGAUUCUUGAACAGUCCUACUGAUUUUAAAGGCCUACAUUUUGAGUUAAUUCCGUUUGGAGCAGGGCGGAGGGGCUGCCCUGGAAUUCAAUAUGCCAUGGCCAUCAAUGAGCUCACAUUAGCAAACUUGGUGCACAUAUUUGAUUUUGCAUUGCCUGAUGGAAAGAGACUGGAAGAUCUGGACAUGGCUGCUGAGUCUGGCAUGACUCUCCAUAAAAAAUCUCCUCUGUUGGUGAUUGCAACACCGCGUGUCUAAUUAGCACUAUUCUUCGUAAAACAAGUCACGUUCAUCUCAUUGUUGGACGUCAAAAUAAAGUGAGGGAGAAGCUUUUUAUCUGUGCCCUUUUUCGUGCUUUAGCUAGAAGGGACAUCAAUGUGAUGCUUGGUGUUUAUUAAUCAAGUUUUGUUUUCGAUC